AUGGCUGGCUCCAUGCCCGGGUGUGCGGAGAACCCAGCGUGGGGAGUCAGCGUCUGUGGUGAUUUGGCCACCUACAGUGAGGAGCGAAAGGGACCUCUUAUUUUACUGCUGGUCAUCAUACGUGCAGGGUCGCACAGGAAAACGCACAGGGCAGUUGUGGGGAGCAGCUCUAGAGAUUGCAGGAGGAGCAGGAGUCGUGGGGGGCACUUCCUUGCGCGCCGCGUGGAGUUUGCCGUAUUGGCAGCUUUUGGCACGGCGGCUUCAACUGAUCCUCCCGGGCCGACCCUGUCGUUGCACCCGCAGGAAGACGCCGAGUUUCAAAAGGAGAUAACGCAGGCUCGCCGCCGCACAACCCGGCGACAAAAGCAAGAAAAGCUGAGGCCUGGAGUAAUCUCUGUUGGCCACCUACCGAACACACUUUGUGAAAGCCAGAUUCAAGAUUAUUUCUCCCAGUUUGGCACUGUUACAAGAUUAAGACUGUCCAGAAGUAAAAGGACUGGAAAUAGCAAAGGCUAUGCCUUUGUGGAGUUUGAGUCUGAUGAUGUUGCCAAGAUAGUUGCUGAAACAAUGAACAACUACCUUUUUGGUGAAAGACUCUUGAAGUGUUGUCUUGUACCACCUGAAAAAGUACAUAAAGAACUAUUUAAAGAGUGGAAUACUCCAUUUAAACAGCCAUCAUAUCCAGCAGUGAAUCGGUAUAAUCGGAAACGGACACUUAUACAAAGGCCAGAGAUGGAGAAGCGCUUUAAAAAGAAAGAAAAAUUACUCAGGAAAAAAUUGGCUAAAAAAGGAAUUGAUUAUAAUUUUCCUUCAUUGGUUUAACCUAAGAAAACGAAACAACAGGUUUCACGCACUCCUGACACUCCUGAGAAGAUCAUGGAUAGCCAGGGCCCCACGCCAGUUUGUACACCAUCAUUUUUGGAGAAGCGAAAAUCUGAAGUGGCUGACAUGAAUGAUGAUGAUAAAGAUAAUGAAAUAGUUUUCAAACAGCCCAAACCCAGUGUAAAAGAAGAAAUACAAAAGACUCAAACACCUACACGUUCACAGAAACAAAGACAAAGAAAAAGCAAUCAGUGA